UAACUCAUAUCGAAUGACCAGGGUUCCGAAGACUCUACACUGAAUUUGUGAAUAGAUAUUAGAGAAUUAUAGUUACAACAACGUACGUGAAUUAAAACGUACAAACUAUUGUUUCUUCAGCUUUCAAGCGUCGUUUAUAAUUUGUUUGUUCUGACGAUUGGAUAACUGAUUCACAGUAUAAACACGAAACAUUCAUAAAAACGAAAUAAAGGUUGUUCAUAGCUAUAGAACCGGAUUGAAUCGUGAUUAUUUGUCUUGAUAUUUAGCAAUUUUUGAUAGAGAAAAAUUAUGCGCACUUUAACUCUCCUCAGCCUGCUUUGGUUAUCGAAAGGAAUUGUAGCAAAGUAUGUUGAGGGACACUUGAAAACGAGUGCUGAUUGGGCAUUCCUAGCGAGAUUCUGCUUUCUGUCCAACCACGGGAGAUAUCAAUACGAGAUCGAGUAUGAAAAACGCUACGGCGAGUUGAAACUUUUGCUCUACUAUGACGACAAAACGCAAUGGCCCGCAGUGUAUAAAACCGAUAACCCGUUGACUUGUAACGAGAAACUAUCCGUUCUGAGUGUGGUGGAUAAUCAGAUCGUUCCACUGUCACCCAGGAACCAUGUUUACUCUGGCUGCACUCUGCUGACCCAAGGCUCGAAGGAUGGCGGAAGUGUAGUGAAACGACCAGCUCCGCCAGAUGGCAGUACCGGACGAACAUCGCCUAAAGAGGAUGAUGAUGGAUUUACGUAUGACCACUUCUUGAAAACAAGCACCACUGAAACGAGUGCAGCAACUGAGAGUUAUGAGUUCAACAUAACCGAGAUUGAUUUCUCGACAGUAGAAACUAAUGGAAGCACCGUAGAUGGGGGUGGUGUUGUGAUUCAAACCAUUAAUAGUUUGGAAAACGGUACCGAUUAUAAGGUGUUUGUAGAGGAACUUUUUCAGGAUUUCGAGGAAGGAAUGAAUAAGACCAGAAUCAGGCGAUCAGCGAAAUUUGAAAAUAAAUUGAUUGUUAGUUGUUCUAAUCAUGGAACGUUCACAAGUUCUCGACAAAGGUGGUGGUAUAUUGCAAUUUCUAACUGUGGUAGUAACAAAGGAUUGGAUGUUUGGUACAGAUUCAAAAUGACCAAUGGUGCUCCAGGAGAUUUCUGGAACGAACAUUUUUCUGCCGAUGAAAUAUAUAUUCCACCCCUUCUGCUGGUAGAAUCAAUCGCCUAUACCUUACUAUUGCUUGCCGUGUUUCUUUGUGCGGUUGAACUGAAAACUCGUCAUUUGUAUCACUGUACCUACCGAUUGUUCGCCCUGAGUGUGUUGUUACAGUGGUUUGGAUUUCUGCUGCUAAGUGUUACUUGGGCUAAGUACGCCAUUUCUGGAAUCGGUCCUUUCACGACAUUCGGAGGAUUCUUCACCAGUGCAAGUGAGAUAACAUUCCUCCUUCUGUUGUUACUGAUGGCCAAAGGAUAUACAAUCACUCGUGCUCGUUUGAAGACGUGUGCCACGGUGAAGAUUACCGUGUUCACAAAUUUAUACGUAAUUGUUUACAUUUCAUUGUAUUUGUAUCAAUUGGAAGCUUUUGACCCAGGAGAAGUAUUAAAUUUGUACGAGUCCCCAGCAGGAUUUGGUCUCGCCGGACUUCGCUGUGUCAGUUGGUGUUUCUUCAUCUACUCGUGUGCCGCCACUAUUCGGAAGUUCACCGAGAAGGGACCCUUUUAUUACCCUUUCAGUCUAUUGGGUUCUAUCUGGAUAAUGAGCGGUCCAAUAUUGACGGUCGUGGGUGUCAAUGUGCUCGAUCCUUGGGUGAGAGAAAGUGUUAUGCAUGGAGCUUUGGGUUUGGUGGCAUUUUGUGGUCAUUCCGUAUUCCUAUGGUUAACUUGGCCUUCAAGAGCGAACAAGAGUUUUCCGUACCAUGUGAGAACCAAUCAUGUUGGCAUUUCAACCAUCGAUGACGGGGCAAACUAUCCUAGACAUACAUAUGAACCAGCCCCGCCAGAUGCUGGAAUAAUUAUUCCACUAUCAGGGAACACUGCUACACUCAAUGGAAUAUAUGACCAAUAUUUACGCGAGCGGGAUGUCUACAAUAGUACGUCAUCUCCAGUCAGCUAUGUGUCAUUUCCAGCAAGCGCUAAAUCCGUCAACCAACCAAACCACUACCCUAACAAUCAUAGUUUUGCGAGACAACGGCCAGCAAUCAGUGGAGACUCGACAGCGAUUGAGGACAAUCAACGCACUAUCUACAGUCCACCCGAUAGUGCCCCGCAAAGUUUGGCCAUUAAUCACAACACGCAUGGCAAUCGCAGCUACAACGGCAAUGACGGAAACAAUAACUAUGGUAACGACACUUUGGUCGACUCGGGACAUCCCUCACUGGAUAUAUCAAUUUCUGCGAGUCCACCGAAGGUUGAUUCGACAGAGUCGCUGAAUAACAGCUCAGGAAGUGUCGACAAAAUUACCCGACCGUCAUCGGGGACGGAUAGCAUUGUACCUUCUGCUCCACCCCUGCCUGAGGAUCAUCGAGGUAACAGUCCGAAAGUGGAGCCAAAACCUUUCAAUCCAUUCAUCGUUGGCGCUUCGUUCGCGGCCGCAGCCGAGGAGAGACGAAAGCUGUCGAAAAAGAUUAUAUUGCCUAGUUUGGAGGGGCAGCAUACUGAAGGAACUGUUCCGAAGCACCUGUUCGCUGCCAAGAGGGAGGAGAGAGCUAGUUAAAUCGGUUAUGAAACAAAAAAUAAAAAUUUAAGUUUCUAAACCUUGCAACACGUGUGUUUUAAUAGCAUAUAUUUUCACCAGG